AUGAUAGGUGGGAACGUCCUCAUCUUGGCUCUAUGGGGUGACAAAGGAGCCCCACACAUGCAGGCCUUGCACUUCAGUUUUGCCUUGGGUGCCUUCCUGGCUCCCCUGUUGGCCAAAUUGGCCUGGGGAACCUCAGCAUCCACUCAGAACCACACAGCGCCCGACUUCAACCCUCUAAUGUUGAACGGAUCCUCUGAAGCCACCUCAGACUCUCUGUUUGCAGUUCCUGAGGACAUGAACCUGCUGUGGGCAUAUGCUUCCAUCGGCACCUAUGUCUUAGUAGUUUCUGUCUGUCUGUUUGUUCUGUUUCGUAAGAAAAGCUCAAGGCAGAAAAAAUCCUCCACAUCUGCUCAGAGAGUUCGAAGAGCUAAAUAUCACAGGGCUCUUCUCUGUCUCCUCUUCAUGUUCUUCUUCUUUUACGUUGGAGCCGAGGUGACAUUUGGCUCUUACAUAUUCUCCUUCGCCACCACCCAUGUUGGCAUGGAAGAAAGUGAAGCAGCCGGCUUGAACUCCAUCUUCUGGGGGACCUUUGCUGCCUGUAGGGGCCUGGCCAUCUUCUUUGCAACAUUCUUAAAGCCUGGAACCAUGAUUGUGUUGAGUAACAUUGGCAGCCUUGUCUCGUCUUUCUUUCUGGUGCUUUUUGACAAGAGCCCUCUUUGUCUCUGGAUCGCAACUUCUGUGUAUGGAGCCUCGAUGGCAACCACGUUUCCCAGUGGAGUUUCCUGGACUGAGCAGUACACCAGCAUCAGCGGGAAAUCUGCAGCGUUCUUCGUAAUUGGUGCUUCUCUGGGAGAAAUGGUGUUGCCUGCAGUAAUUGGAAUUCUUCAAGGCCACUACCCAGAUCGGCCAGUCGUUCUGUACACCUGUUUUGCAUCAGCCAUAUCCACUGCUCUUUUAUUUCCUGUGAUGUAUAAGUUAGCCACCUUACCUCUGGCUCACCAGCCAAAAGGAAGGAAGAGUGAGGACCAGAGAGCUCUGCUUCCCAGCUCUGAGCUCAAUGACUGUGAGAAAGAAAAAUAAAGGGAAAGAUGCAGGAAAAUGGGAUGGAACAGAUUUGGAAGUGUUUGAAAUGAAGUAUGAG